GACCAGAAGAACACUGGUGCUCUUCGUGGAUGGGGCCAGAGGAGUUAAAAGUUAAACUCUGAUCGCCUGGGUCUGUGAGAAUUCAGCAUGGAAUGUCUCUACUGUUUCCUGGGAUUUCUGCUUCUGGCUGCAAGGUUGCCACUUGCUGCAGCCAAACGAUUUCAUGAUGUGCUGGGCAAUGAAAGACCUUCUGGUUAUAUGAGGGAACACAACCAAUUAAAUGGCUGGUGUUCUGAUGAAAAUGAAUGGAAUGAAAAACUCUAUCCAGUGUGGAAGAGGGGAGACAUGAGGUGGAAAAACUCCUGGAAAGGAGGCCACGUGCAGGCAGUGCUGACCAGUGACUCACCAGCACUGGUGGGCUCAAAUAUAACGUUUGUGGUGAACCUGGUAUUCCCCCGAUGCCAAAAGGAAGAUGCCGAUGGCAACAUAGUCUAUGAGAAGAACUGCAGAAAUGACACCGGCUUGUCUGCUGACCCAUACGUUUACAACUGGACAGCCUGGUCAGAGGACGGCGACUGGGGAAAUGGCAGCAGCCACAGACAUCAUGACGUGUUCCCUGACGGGAAGCCUUUUCCUCCCCACCACGGAUGGAGGAAAUGGAAUUUUGUCUACAUCUUCCACACACUUGGUCAGUAUUUCCAGAAGUUGGGCCGGUGUUCAGCGAGCAUUUCUAUAAACACAGCCAAUGUGACAGUCGGCCCUCAGAUCAUGGAAGUGACUGUCUACAGAAGACACGAGCGAGCGUAUGUCCCCAUUGCACAAGUUAAAGAUGUAUAUGUGGUAACAGAUGAGAUUCCUAUCUAUGUGACCAUGUCCCAGAAGAACAAUCGAAAUUCAUCGGAUGACACCUUCCUUAGAGACCUACCCAUUGUGUUUGAUGUCCUGAUUCAUGAUCCUAGCCACUUUCUCAACCAGUCUGCCAUUUACUACAAGUGGAACUUCGGGGACAAUACUGGCCUGUUCGUUUCUAACAAUCAUACUUUGAACCACACAUAUGUGCUCAAUGGAACCUUCAGCCUUAACCUCACUGUGCAAGCUGCGGUGCCUGGACCUUGUCCACCAACACCCAGACCUCCAAAACCUACCCCUUCUUCAGAACCUGCUGGUGACAACCCCCUGGAGCUAAGCGAGAUUCAUGAUGAAAACUGCCUGAUUAACAGAUAUGGUUACUUUACGGCCACCAUCACAAUUGUAGAGGGAGUCCUAGAGGUUAACAUCAUCCAGGUGACAGACGUCCUGAUGCCAGUGCCACAGCCUGACACUUCCCUGAUGGACUUUGUCGUGACCUGCCAAGGGACCAUUCCCAGGGAGGUCUGUACUGUCAUUUCUGACCCCACCUGCCAGAUCGCCCAGAAUGCAGUCUGCAACCCUGUGGAUGUGGACGAGACGUGCCAGCUGACCGUGAGAAGAGCCUUCAACGGAGCUGGGACUUACUGUGUGAACCUCACUCUGGGGGACGAUGUAAGUCUGGCCCUCACGAGCACCCUGAUCUCCAUCCCUGGCAGAGACCCGGUGUCCCCUUUAAGAAUGGCUGUUGGUGCCCUGACCUCCAUUGGCUGCUUGGCUGUAUUUGUCACUGUGAUCACCCUCUUGGUGUACAAAAAACACAAGACUUACAAACCAAUAGAAAAUAGUGCUGGGAAUGUGGCCAAAGGCAAAGGCCUGAAUGUUUUCCUCAACCACGCAAAGGCCGUGUUCUUCCCGGGAAACCAGGAGAAGGACCCACUGCUCAAGAACCAACCAGGAAUUCUUUAAAUUUCAUCUUUAUUUCUGACCAAGCUCACUCUUCAGUGCCAUUUAUGUGAGCUGUGCUGGAGUGGGUGACUAUUAACUUUUUUUCCCGAAAGAUUAGUGUAAAAAUAUAUUUUGGUUUAGGGAGGUUGAAUUUAUUUUAUAGGUUAAAUGGCUUUUUAGAGAGGUGGAGAGGGAUCAUACUGCAUGCAUCCACAACUAUUUUGUGUAACUUAGCAAACAGCUUAGCAGCGCUGCCUUUCUUUAUUUUUUAUUUUUCAUUUAUAAUGGCUUAGGUGAUGAGUAGGAUAGACAUACUGUGUCCCAAGAGUAGGGGGAGAAAAUACUGUCUUUUAGAGUCUGACCCAGGUUAAUUGGUAAGAGAGACUGGACAUUUUCUAGCUUUCCAUAUAACCGUAUGUGUAAAACCCAUGUGGUCCUAUCCUUAAGACCAUGUUCCAGGCUAACCGAAUCCUAUUUCAAUGAACAUGAGUGAGCUCCUGACAGAACAACAACACACCCAAGCCUUUAGCAUGAUGCUCAUGCUUGUUACAUAAUACUACCAGAUAAAUACUAAUCUAAUAAGUAGUUGAGUGUUUUGUGACAGCCUGCCUUGCCCAGGUGAGUGAAGGAAUGAUAUUCAUUCAUUCUUUUAUUCAUCGGACAUGUAUUCAGCACUUCCAUGCUAAGUACGUGAUCCCUGCACUCAGACUUGACACUCUUGUGUAUAUAUCUGAAUUUCUGUACUCUCUGGCGCUCACAUUUGAAAUCAUGUAUUACGAUUUUCCAAAGAAAGAGGCCCCUGGUUUUCCUACCAAUUUCUCUAUUUAAAUGAUAUGGAAACUUGAUGAGUAAGGAAUUUACCUCUAUUUGUAACUAAAACCAUCUACCAUAUGUUAGACUUAACAUUCUUUUUCUUUCCUUCCUGAAAAAUAAAGUGUGGGAAGA